AUGGAGAGCCCUGAGUUAAACUACGCGUUGGCCAAUAUAGCGUUUCAGCGCAAGCGCGGUGAGGAGCCCGAGGUGGAGGAAGGCCCGGGGCCGGGCCGGAGAGGCAGCUGGCUGCCUGUCAAGCUCUAUGGCUAUUGCUACCAGGACAGUAAUGACAUCCCAGACACACUGACGACCAUCACUGAGCUGGGCUCGCCCUUGGAGAUGAUUCAGCUCCUGCAGGCUUCGUGGGAAGACAGAUUUCGAAUAUGUCUCAGCUUAGUUCGGCUCUUACAUUAUUUGGCUCACUCUCCUCUUGGCUCUGUGACGUUACUGGACUUUCGUCCUCGACAGUUUGUGAUUGUAGAUGGGGAAUUGAAAGUGACAGAUCUGGACGAUGCCAGUAUUGAGGAAAGUCCUUGUACCAGUAACAGUGACUGUUUUAUGGAAUUCCCAGCAAGAAAUUUCACUCUUCCUUGUUCUGUGGAGGGACGAUGUCAAAACAUGAAUGAAAAGAGGAAUCUCUACAAUGCCUACAG